AUGGAGGUCAAAGAAACUAAAAGGUUAAACUAUUACAAUAACAAACAAAAGAUACUUUUGGUUGGAGAAGGAGACUUCUCCUUUUCUCUGUCUCUAGCCAGAGCCUUUGGUUCCGCAACAAACCUCACUGCGACCACUCUCGACACUCAAGGGGAGCUAGAGAGAAAGCACAAGAAUGGGAAGGCGAACGUAGAAGAGUUAGAGAGACUCGGGUGCAGCGUUGUUUAUGGAGUUAACGUGCACUCUAUGACCACAAAGCCUGGCCUUGGUGGUUCUGCGAUAUACGAUAGAGUCAUCUUCAAUUUCCCUCACGCAGGAUUCGACUAUGGUCGUGAGCACGAAAUCAAAACAAUCAUGUAUGUAUUAUACACCACUUAUUUGGUUUUAAGAACAUUUGUUUUUUUCAGUUUAAACGUUUUAUUCAAUUUAAUACCGGAUUUCAGGAGACACCAAGAACUUGUGAGAGGGUUCAUGAAGAGUGCAAGAGUGUUGGUGAAAGACGAAGACGACGGAGGAGAGAUUCAUGUGAUUCAUAAGACAGAAUAUCCAUUUAGUGAAUGGAAGCUAAAGACUCUAGGUGAGAAAGAAGGCUUAGAUUUGGUUCGUGAGAUUGAGUUUUCCUUAAGUCAAUAUCCUGGUUAUUCCAACAAGAGAGGAAGUGGAGGUUACAGUGACUCUAGCUUCCCUGUUGGAAAAUCAUCUACUUUCAUGUUUAAGAAACAGUUCUUUUAUUAA